AUGCCUACGAUUUGUGGCGUCUGCCAAAACUCCGAAUCGAAGUACCGAUGUCCCAAUUGUGACCUCAGAUACUGUUCUAUUGCCUGCUAUAAGCCUCACAAGCUGACCCAUGAACAUGAUGGGACUAUCAAGAAGUCGGAGGACACUCCAAAAUCAACGACGGGUCUAAUUGAUCGUCCCGGGACAAAUCGACGAGUGCCCAAACCCACGUUCACAGAUUUUGAUCAGGAUCCUGAACUAAUUCGACUUUUGACGCGAUUUCCACUUCUUAAAUCGCAGCUACAGCUCGUGUAUGGUGUUACGCUCGAGCCUGGUCCUGACGAGGUCCGGUCCUGGAAUCGCCAAGACUGGUACGGUGGAGUUGAAAACCGACGCGGCAACACUUCAAGAUCGAACUCCUCUCGCGGUCGAGGCCGCGGACACGGACGCGAUCGAGGACGAGGUCGUGGUCGAGGCGGUUUUGGAGGCUUUCACCGUCCAGAUAUGCCUUAUGCAGAGAAACCUGCCGAUGAGAUGCAGUAUGGCCCCUGGUCUCAGGAGAAAGGUGACAAGGAAGGAACCGAUAUCAUCAAGAAGAUGCGCAACGCGACCGACGAUGUUCAUGCCGAUGGUAUGGAGGAAUUUCUGCAACUAUGUCAAAUGAGGUUCGGCGAGUCCGCGUCUGCGUCUACGGUGCCAGACAUAUGA